GUUAGCUUCUCCUAUAUAAAAGCCUAUCCCUCCUUCCAUCUCAUCCCUUACCAAGAAAGAAGAAACAAGAGUCUCAAAACGAGAGUUUCAAUCUUCUCCAUCCACAGAGAGAGAGAGAGUUUCAGAGAUAUGGGCAAUAGCUUAAGGUGCUGUUUGGCUUGUGUUCUUCCUUGUGGAGCCCUAGACUUGAUCCGUAUAGUUCAUUUGAGUGGCUACGUAGAGGAAAUAACACAUCCAACCACAGCUGGUGAGAUCCUCAAGGCUAAUCCUAAUCACGUUCUUACCAAACCAUCAUCUCAAGGAGUUGUUCGUAAAAUCUUAAUCCUCUCGCCAGAAUCUGAGCUCAAAAGAGGCAGCAUAUACUUCCUUAUUCCGGCGUCUUCAUUGCCGUCGGAGAAGAAAAAGAUUGCCGGCGGCAACAAGAAGAACUCCUCAUCAAGGAAGACUAAAAAAUGCAACACCGAGUAUCUACCUGAUUGUGAUCGUUACCUAACUGAUAUAAUCUCCUCAAAUAAUAAAUCCUCCCGUCGGGAUCGCCGGACCUGUCGUGUCGGAGCAUGGCGGCCUCAUCUAGAGAGUAUCUCCGAGGACUAAUAACUUUUUUCCGGUGCUGGAAGCCGACAUCCCGUGUAGCAGAGUGGUACAAUUAUAUGCAAUGGGGAUGUUUUUUAAUGUACGUGGGGUAAUUGGUUUUGUGUAUAUUUUUUUUUUCCCCUUUCUUUUUCUUACUUGUUUCAGUCUGCAAAUACUAAAGCAGGCUUUGAAAAUUUCCCUGUUAAUCAGAUCUUGUAUCUGUUUGGAAAGUACAGGAAAAAAGAGAGGAUCUGGAGGCUUUUUUUUCCUUUUUUUUUUUUUUUUUUUUUUUUGUGAAAAGAAUUUGGACUUCUUUGAUUUUUACCAAAUGGUAUUUGUAUUCUCACCAAGACUAGUAAAUAUGUUCUGUUUCU